CCAAACUAGAAUUGGCGGGAAACAUCAGUCAAUCCCUUAAAACUAUAUAAACAAUAAUAAAUUGAUACGCAAAUUUUAUUGUAUAAACUUAUGAUUGUGAUGUCAAGGCCGUGGUGGUGGUGGACAGGCUAAAUAUGAUCGUUCCGUUGGAUUCACGUUAGUUCGUUGUCGCUCCACACACCGAGAGGUGGAAUUUACAUAGUGAAUAUUUGUUUCGUAAUUUUCGAUAGUUUACAUAAUGCCGCCGGUAUCAAUAACUGACGAUGCGCCAAAACAAAAACUGCGGGUUGCUAUUAUAGGACAAAGUACUUUCGCUGCGGAAGUUUUCAAGCUAUUGCAAAGAGAUGGACACGAUGUUGUUGGAGUGUUCACCGUUGUCGAUAAAGGCAACAGAGAAGAUCCACUUGCCACAAUUGCCGCACAGAAUGCUAAGCCAGUGUUCAAAUAUAAGUCAUGGCGUAUUAAAGGCAAGGUUAUACCUGAAAUACUGGAGGAGUACAAAUCUGUAAACGCCGACAUAAACGUGUUGCCGUUCUGCACACAAUUCAUUCCCAUGGAAGUCAUCACGUAUCCCAAAUACGAGAGCAUUUGUUACCAUCCAAGUAUACUGCCGAGGCAUAGGGGAGCAUCUUCUAUUAAUUGGACCUUAAUAGAAGGCGACACAACAUGCGGCUUGUCCAUCUUCUGGGCGGACGAUGGACUCGACACCGGCCCAAUCCUCAUACAGAAGUCGUUUCCAGUCACCAUAGAUGACACGGUCGAUACAUUAUACAACAAGUAUUUGUAUCCAGAGGGUAUCAAAGCGUUGGCUGAAGCCGUCAAUUCUGUAGCAAACGGCACAGCGCCCAGAAUACAACAAUCUGAAGAGGGAGCUACUUACGACCCAGCUUUGUUCAAACCAGAAACCCAUCAAAUCGACUGGUCCAAAGGCGGUAUGGCGCUGCACAACUUCAUACGCGGCCUAGACUCCUCGCCGGGUGCCACGAGCUUCAUAAAGCCCCAGACAAAAGACGGCGUUGUCGAUGCUGAACCGAUUGAGGUGAAGUUCUUCGGAUCGUCGCUGUGGCAGGCCGAGUAUGAUACUGAAGGCGAUAAGUUGGUUAUACCGGGGCUGAAUGUACCCGCUGUUGUGCAUGAUGCUGGACUGUUGAUCACGGCUAAUGAUGGUGUUAAACUCAACGUCCAAAGACUAAAAGUGAACGGCAAAAUGAUAAACGCACAAAACUUCUUCAAAGCGAACGAACAGAAAGUCACCUUAGAGUUGACAGAAGAAGAGAAACAAUUCGUAGAAGGCGUAAGAGGCGUAUGGAAAGCCAUACUGCGCAUAGAUAUAGAUAAUGACACAGACUUCUUCGACUGCGGCGCAGGAUCUAUGGACGUAGUCAGACUAGUGGAAGAGAUAAAAGACAUAGCCAACUUAGAGUUACAGAACGAAGAAGUCUAUAUGAAUACGACUUUUGAAGAGUUCUAUAAUAUGGCUAUAUUGAAGGCUAGAGGUGGUUCAGGAAGUCAGGAGAUAGUGUACGAGGGUGUGGAGAUGGAAGUCAAUAAGAUGAAGAUCAAGUUUCCGACACAGCUGUUUAUUGAUGGACAGUUUGUUAAUGCUGAUAGUGGGAAAACGCUCACACUAAUAAAUCCAACGGACGAGAGCGUGAUAUGCAAAGUGCAGAGCGCGUCAGUCAAUGACGUCGACAAAGCAGUAAAGGCGGCGAAGAAAGCAUUCGAGGAGGGAGAAUGGUCCAAAAUCAGCGCCCGAGAAAGAGGACAGCUGUUAUUCAAACUGGCUGAUCUAAUGGAACAACACAAAGAGGAACUAGCCACGAUAGAAACAAUAGACUCCGGAGCGGUCUACACUCUGGCCCUUAAAACCCACGUGGGCAUGUCCAUAGACACCUGGAGGUACUUCGCUGGCUGGUGCGACAAGAUCCAAGGGUCCACCAUACCAAUAAACCAUGCUAGGCCUAACAGGAAUCUCUGUAUAACGAAGAAAGAGCCGAUCGGUGUGUGCGCUCUGGUCACCCCCUGGAAUUACCCCUUGAUGAUGCUCUCGUGGAAGAUGGCGGCUUGUUUGGCGGCCGGAAAUACUGUUGUCAUGAAACCAGCUGCUGUAUGUCCGUUAACAGCACUGAAGUUCGCAGAGCUGUCCGCACGCGCCGGGAUCCCGCCAGGCGUCAUCAACAUUCUACCGGGUAGUGGAACCGUUUGUGGACAAGCCCUGGCCGACCACCCGCUUGUGAGGAAACUCGGAUUCACUGGCAGCACCGAAAUUGGACAAACUAUCAUGAAGUCCUGCGCUGUGUCGAACAUAAAGAAAGUAUCGUUGGAGUUGGGAGGCAAGUCGCCGCUCAUCAUAUUCGAAGACUGCGAUCUCGACAAAGCUGUGAGAAACGGCAUGGCUUCAGUAUUCUUCAACAAAGGCGAGAACUGUAUCGCAGCGGGCCGUCUAUUCGUAGAAGAGAGGAUCCACGAUGAAUUCGUACAGCGAGUGAUAGCAGAGACCAAGAAAAUGAGUAUAGGCGACCCAUUGAACAGGGGAACCGCACACGGACCACAGAACCAUAAGGCGCACAUGGAUAAGCUUAUUGAGUACGUGGAACGGGGUAUAAAAGACGGCGCUAAGUUAGUGUACGGUGGCAAGCGCGUCGACCGCAAAGGGUACUUCUUACAGCCGACGAUAUUCACUGACGUUACUGAUGACAUGUUCAUCGCUAAGGAAGAAUCAUUCGGACCCAUCAUGAUCAUCAGCAAGUUUAGCAGCAAGAACCUAGACGACGUAAUCCGUCGUGCAAACGCAACAGAGUAUGGACUGGCGAGCGGCGUGUUCACGCGGGACGUGUCGCGCGCGCUACAGAUGGCGGAGCGCGUGGACGCGGGCACCGUGUUCGUCAACACUUACAACAAGACCGACGUCGGCGCGCCCUUCGGCGGCUUCAAACAGUCCGGAUUUGGAAAGGAUUUAGGGCAAGAAGCACUCAACGAAUAUCUUAAAACGAAAACUGUUACCAUUGAGUACUAAAUACUUUAAUUAUAUUAUAAUAUUAAGUGACUGAAUGUAUAAUAUGUAAUUAAAUAAAUUGUAUAUAGUAGAUAAGUUCUGACAUAUAAAUAAAAUUAUAAUGUGUAAUAUAUUUACGUUUUAAAAAGUAAGAUCUGAAUGUUGUUUCAAUUGAUCUAUUUUAAUAAAUAAUUUAAAAAUUA